CUGUCAGGGACCUAGAGACCAUGUACUUGCUACACGCUCCAUGAUUAAAGAAGGACGAUUCCCAAAGCCGAAAGGAAGAGUCCCUAAACGAGCAACUUUCGCGACGCUCCCUCACUUGAACUCCAAGAAGUGAAGCUUGUGAAUUUAGAACAACAUUUCCCAUGCUGCAUUGAAUAUGACCCGGAAGUUUAAAUCGCGCUCUCGCCGGGAGAAUUAAAGGUAACGUGAGGAUUAUUGGUCUGCUGGAAGCUGAUGAGAACAAAACUCAAGCCAUGCCAAAGUGGUAAUAGAAGAAAUCUUGGGAAGAAACAUUUUGCCUUGUACUUGAGAUAACUAGUAGGCCUGUCAUGGCUCCUGUGAAGAUCAGCCAUGUGGUAUCAUUUUCCUCUCAGGAUCCCAAGUAUCCUGUGGAGAACCUGCUGAACCCAGACAGUCAGAGGGGACCUUGGCUGAGCUGCCCUCAGGACAAGAGUGGGCAACUGAAAGUAGAACUACAGCUGGAGAGGACAGUGCCCAUUAGCUAUAUCGAUGUUGGUAACUGUGGCUGUGCUUUCCUGCAAAUUGAUGUGGGCCGUUCUUCCUGGUCCCUGGACAGACCUUUUGUUACCCUGCUCCCUGCAACCAUGCUUAUGUCCCCCACUGAUUCAAAACAGGGAAAGAACCGCUCAGGGGUCCGAAUGUUUAAAGAUGCUUCAGAAGAAUCAUGGGAUCGACUUCGCCUGACUUGCUCCCAACCCUUCACACGUCAUCAGUCCUUUGGCCUGGCCUUUCUGCGUGUGCGUUCCUCUCUGGACACCCUAGCUGAUCCUGUGAUGGGUCCCUCAGCCCCUGGAAGCUCUGGGCUGAGCCAGUGCUCUUCAGAUCCUCAGAAAUCAGGCCCUACUCCCUGGCUAGCUAAUCCUUCUAUCCGGAGGACAUUCUUCCCAGAUCUCCAGCCGAGCACCAAGGAAGUUUCAGAGCUCAAAGAUAUCCUAAAGCAGCUGCAACCAGGAGCUCUGGGACGUUCGGCCCGCAUGGUGCUUUCUGCUGUGCACAGGGCCCCUCCAGUCAGUGUGGGAAGCCCGAAGAAUAACCACACAGAACCAGGUCCCAGUCAUACAGAGAGUACAGAGCCCAGAGCAGAGGUUCAAAACUCAGAGAAUGAUGUGGGCCGGGUGAAGAAACAGAAAGUGCAGGACCGAAGGCCUCUGUCCAACACCAACUCUCAGCGAAACAGGAGAGGGGCAGCAGGUUCGAGGCAAAGGGAACGCCGACCCCCGGCCCAAAACAAUGAAAUCCAGGAACAUGGGCAGUGCCCCAUUUGUGCAGGCUCCUUCAGCGCUGAGAUUCUUCCCCUGCACGCUGCCACUUGUGGAGACCCCUCCCCGCCUCACCCAGCUUCCCACUCCUCCUCAGCAUCUUCAUCCCCAUCUGUUCUGUGGGUGUCCUCCCCAGAGAGUUCGCCACCCAUUUCCUGGGUCCAGUGCCCUAUCUGCCAGUUGCAAUUCUCAGCAAGAGAAGUAGAAGAACAUGCCAGCAUGUGUGGGGAGGUUUUCCAGUUGUGAGCCAUGACGUCCUAUGACGUCGGCCCCACCCUCUAUGACAAAGACUGAGGAGCAGGUCUCUUCGUGACUGAGAAGGGCUAAU